GAACCGGGGCGUCCAUUACUUGAAGCAAACCCCAGUGGCGCCGUAUUUCUUUCCUCCUCUCUCCUGAAGCCCUCUCGCUCGAACCUUCUAUCGCGCCCUCCUCUCCUUCGCUCUCUUCUCUCUCCCUCACUCGCUUUCCGCUUCCUCUGCUCCAAUGGCGGCGAUGCUGCAACCCCAGAUCAUACUGCUCAAGGAGGGGACGGACAGCUCCCAGGGGAAGGCGCAGGUGGUAAGCAACAUCAACGCCUGUACCGCGGUGGCCGACUGCGUCCGCACCACGCUGGGGCCCCGCGGGAUGGACAAGCUCAUCCACGAUGACAAGGGCAACACCACCAUCUCCAAUGACGGCGCCACCAUCAUGAAGCUCCUCGACAUCGUCCACCCUGCCGCCAAGAUCCUCGUCGACAUCGCCAAGUCCCAGGACUCCGAGGUUGGUGACGGAACCACCACUGUAGUGCUUCUUGCUGGUGAGUUCUUAAAGGAGGCGAAACCCUACAUUGAGGAUGGAGUCCACCCCCAAAAUCUCAUCCGAAGUUAUCGGACUGCAUCCUAUUUGGCAAUUGACAAAAUUAAAGAGCUUGCCUUCAGCAUUGAAGGGAAAAGCCUUGAAGAAAAGAAAACCUUAUUGGCAAAAUGUGCUGCUACAACACUCUCUUCAAAGCUUAUUGGUGGUGAGAAGGAGUUUUUUGCUUCCAUGGUCGUUGAUGCAGUCAUGGCUAUUGGCGAUGAUGAUAGGUUAAAUUUAAUUGGGAUUAAAAAGGUGCCUGGGGGUAACAUGAGAGAUUCAUUUCUUGUCAGUGGUGUUGCUUUCAAGAAGACAUUUUCCUAUGCUGGUUUUGAGCAGCAACCAAAGAAGUUUCUUAAUCCAAAGAUCCUUUUGUUAAACAUUGAAUUAGAGUUAAAGUCAGAGAAAGAAAAUGCAGAAAUCAGAUUAUCAGACCCUAUGCAAUAUCAGUCAAUUGUUGAUGCCGAAUGGAAUAUCAUCUAUGACAAGUUAGAUAAGUGCGUUAAAAGUGGAGCAAAAAUUGUUCUUUCACGAUUGGCAAUUGGUGACCUUGCAACACAGUAUUUUGCAGAUAGGGAUAUUUUCUGUGCCGGUCGUGUAACAGAAGAGGACCUGCAACGUGUUGCCGCAGCAACAGGUGGAACUGUGCAGACUUCUGUCAACAAUAUUAUCGAUGAGGUUCUUGGAUCCUGUGAGGUGUUUGAGGAAAGACAAGUAGGCAAUGAACGGUUUAACAUUUUCAGUGGCUGCCCUUCUGGUCAGACAGCAACCAUUGUUCUCCGUGGUGGCGCAGAUCAGUUCAUUGAGGAAGCUGAAAGGAGCCUGCAUGAUGCCAUAAUGAUUGUCAGGAGGGCUUUAAAGAACUCCACUGUUGUGGCUGGCGGUGGUGCUAUAGAUAUGGAGAUAAGCCGAUAUUUGAGACAACAUGCACGGACAAUAGCUGGGAAGUCACAGUUGUUUAUUAACUCAUAUGCCAAAGCUCUUGAGGUUAUUCCACGACAACUUUGUGAUAAUGCUGGAUUUGAUGCAACUGAUGUAUUAAAUAAACUCAGACAGAAGCAUGCUUCUGGUGAAGGUGCGAACUAUGGUGUAGAUAUCAACACUGGAGGAAUUGCAGAUUCCUUUGCUAAUUUUGUAUGGGAACCUGCGGUAGUUAAGAUAAAUGCUAUGAAUGCUGCAACAGAAGCUGCCUGUCUUAUACUGAGUGUGGACGAGACAGUUAAAAAUCCGAAGUCGGAGAGUGCACAAGGUGAAGCUGCUGCCAACGCAAUGGCUGGUCGGGGCCGUGGUGGAGCAGCCUUCCGUGGUCGUGGUGGAAGAGGCAUGCGGAGGCGUUGAUCUCCCAGUACUAAAUCUGACCAACAUGGGGCUUUUUUGCAGUCAACACAGCUGUUCGAUUGUUUUGUUUAAAAGUCCGAUUGUGUAUUUUAGAUUGCAUUAGAAGGUAAAAGAGAAACAAGACUACUUGGUUUAUUGCUUUGUGAUUGACCCUUGGAGAUGUCUUGUUAUUACUUUGUUUAAAUAUGCACUUGAUUGGAGUGAGUUAUCGUAUGUCUCAAAUUCUGUUGUCUUGCUGGGAGAAUUUCUUUUUGGUGCUUCCAGAAUUUGGGGUCUUUGUUUUAAGGGUUCUUGUUGUUUGUUGUCAUCAUCAGUGAUACAAUGAAAGGACUCAGUCUGCUUGCAUUAUAAGCCAUAUAGUACUAUAGCACAAGAAAUCCUCUAUUUCAGGGA